UUUGGGUUUUCAAGCGCAACGUUAGGCGAAUUGGCGAAAGUGAUUGCGAUGGCUUCAUUGGCUUGCAUUUCCAUGGAAAUACGAAAACAAAGAGGAGAAGACUACAAGACGACUUACUCGCGCCAGCUGUUCACAUUUUUCUUCGUUUAUAUAUUUCUUAACUUUCCCUACCAAACCCAAACCCAAUCCAUACAUACACUCUCACACUCAUACUCCUCUCGCUUUCUCAUCUCGAUCUUCUCCCCUUCCUUGUAUUCUGGGUAGAUUGGAACACUAAGAAAACAAGAAAUCGUGUUUUCGGAUCGGUCAAUGUGAUUGAAUCUUCAGCUAUAAUGUUUUCCGAUUCCGAUGCGAGCUGGUUUUUACGGUGGAUUUGGGUUUCUAGUGUUUGAAUUUUGAUUUGGUUUGUUGGUUAUUUGUCUGAAAUUUGAAGGAUUCUGUGGUAAGAGAGUGGAUUCCGUACUGAAUGAGAUGUAGUUGGAACCUGCGCUUUUCAAUCUUUUGUUUCGGACGAUGUAAUUGAAUCUCAGUCAGGAUUUUGUGGUAAGAGAGAAUGGAUCCGGUACUGUAUAUGAUGUAAUUGGAAUCCGAUUAAGAUUGUCUGCUUGACCUGUGGUUGGGGAGAGCCAAUAGAAUAGCCAAUCUGAUGGCCAUGGAAGGUAGCAUCCGUGUGGAUACGAGUCCAUUGAUCAGUCUACUUGCUGCCUUGUCGUAUGGAGUUGCUUCGAUGGCUAUGGUUUUCAUCAAUAAGGCAGUUCUCAUGCAGUAUGCCUACUCAAUGACUCUUCUCGCUUUGCAGCAAUUGGUGACAACCUUGCUUAUACACUUUGGACGGGUGAUGGGAUACACAAAAGCAAAAGAAUUGAACAUGGAGACAGCAAAGAAACUAUUUCCGGUUUCAUUCUUCUACAAUGCAAAUGUGGCAUUUGCUUUGGCUAGCUUGAAGGGAGUUAAUAUUCCAAUGUAUAUUGCAUUGAAAAGGCUUACACCGCUUGCUGUAUUGGUAGCUGGAUUGUUUUCAGGAAAGGAGAAGCCUCCAACACAG